AUGGCGCUGGCGCACGUGGAAGUGGCUCUCGUUUUCCGGACAGCAGCAGCAGCAGCAGCAGCUUCUCGAGCAGUCGAAAAUACGAUUUUGGUGAAAUGCAAACAGCUCAGCAUAUGUCACGAGGUUUUAUGGCCAAGAUUACGUCGAGUUUUGGAAUAUGCUGGCAAAGGGUGUUUUUUUUUUCAGGCUGAGCUGAGUCACUGGUGUGCGGAAAAUCAGGUAACCGUGGAGGGCAGCGAACUGCCUCAUCCAGUUUUUGAGUUCGUCGAAGCAGGCUUUCCCAAAGUCAUCACGGACUUGCUUGUGCGGCAUUUUCGAAAACCGACUAUUAUCCAGUCAAUCUCGUGGCCGAUUGCACUGAGUGGCCGAGACAUGGUUUCGAUAGCCAAAACAGGCUCCGGGAAAACACUCGCGUUCAUCCUCCCAGCAAUUGUUCACACAAUCGGCCAGCCAGAUCGAGGUCGUCAAAAAGGCGCGUCAGUUCUGGUGCUCCUACCAACGAGGGAGUUGGCUCAACAAGUUGAAGACGUGGCCAAAGAGUAUUGCAGAGUGACAAAUCUUUCGAUCACAUGUCUGUUUGGUGGUGCUCCAAAAGCUACGCAGGCUCGUGAUCUUGAGAGAGGUGUUGAUAUCGUGAUUGCGACUCCUGGCCGUUUGAUGGAUUUUUUGGAAGCGGGUAAGACGGAUCUCCGACGUUGUACUUAUCUGGUAUUGGAUGAAGCAGACAGAAUGCUCGAUAUGGGAUUUGAACCGCAAAUUAGAAAGGUGGUUUCGCAAAUAAGAUUAUCUGCAAAUCAUAACAUCACACAGAUCGUUGAAAUCGUUGAGGAAGUGGACAAGCAACAGCGCUUGAUAGCUCUACUCAGUGAGAUCAUGAAUAAGGAGGAUUGCAAAACGCUUAUUUUUGUGGAAACGAAACGCAAAGCUGAUGAUUUAACACGCUGGAUGCGUCGCGACGGCUGGCCAGCUCUCUGUAUCCAUGGUGACAAGGGCCAGUCGGAACGAGAUUGGGCGUUAAAUGAAUUUCGGUCCGGCAAAACUCCAAUCCUUUUGGCGACAGACGUGGCGGCACGUGGACUGGAUUGGUCGUCAGCUGAAGGGAAGAUGUGGUCCGUGAUAACAUUGGACCGCAAUCGUACCUUUGCGCAAUUUGGGCCUCACAGCUGGAGGCCGGACCACCGGUCGCACACGCAAAUUCAUCGACAACACGAUAUUGUUAUGGAUUCAGUGGCCAUACGACAGAGCUUCCUCUACUUGUUAUAA